GCCGUACUGCACAUGCGCAGUAGGUCUGUUUCCAUAGCGCUGCGACGACCUGCUGAGUGAGUUGAUUCUUCAACUUCUGACUCACGUCCUUCGGUGACACAAACCCAAGGACGCCGGAGCUUUUUAUCCAUAUUUACUGGUGUUUUUUUCAAGUUGUUUUGUCUUAUUUAUGUAGUGUUCAUUUCCUCAUAAUGUGAAUUUAACUUCUUGAAGCACCUGUCCGGCUCACAAACUUAAUUAUGGGAUAUCAAACGGUGGAAAUCUGCGUCUGUAUUUGAACAGGAGGCAUAUUGUUUUAAUUUCACGGUGGCUGACUUAACAAAAAUGAACUGCUUCAGUCAGAGGCUGAGGCGUACAUCUCCUGUCCACGGCAGCAGCAGAAAUGAGUUGGUCCCCUCUCAGCCUCCCAGGAUGAAUGGAUGGUCAUGGCCCCCUCAGGUUUUACAAGUGGUUGGCUGGUUGCUGUACAUCUACCUUGCCAUAGUCAGCUUCGGCAUCUACAUCCCUCUUCUUCCUACGCCGUGGAACUACAUCGUCUAUGCUGUGAUGGCUGUAGCAUGUAUCGUCCACUUUUUCACCCAUAUUGCUGCUGUGACUAUAGACCCAGCAGAUGCCAGUGUGAGGGCCAAACAGAGCUAUUCUGGUCCAAUGCCACUUUUUGACCGGACGAAGCAGACGCAUGUCAUCCAGGACCUACGCUGUUAUCUAUGUGAUGUCAAAGUUGGCCCCAAAGUAAAACACUGUGGUGUUUGCAACAAGUGUGUGGAAGACUUUGAUCAUCACUGCAAGUGGCUGAACACCUGUGUGGGUGGCAGAAACUACUGGUGCUUCUUUGUGGCACUGUCCUCUGCCACACUAGGUGUCUUCGUGCUUGUUGCUGUCAUCCUGUUCAUAUUUAUCCAGCAUUAUUUGGACCCGAACAGCCUACGGACAGACCCACAGUUUGACACCAUGCUGGGGAAUGGCACCUGGCUGGUGUUUCUACCUUUAGCACCCAUAAAGACGAGUUCGGCUGGUCUCCUUAUAAUAGCCUUCAUAACAGUCAUGCUGAGCGUCAUAUCCCUGCUGCUGCUCGGCCAUCUGCUUUGCUUCCACUUAUACCUCUUUUAUAAAGGCAUAAGCACUUAUGACUAUGUAAAGAUGCAGCGCCAGAAAGAGUCCAGAAAGCGAGACGCUGAGACAGGAAAUCCACACGAUGCGAAAAUCACUAAUAAGGCCCCGCAGCAUCAAGAGAGCUCAGUAGACUGUGAGCCAGCAUUAUCACAGAAUUCAAGUACCUGCAAUUUUGAAGAUAAAGGCGCACUCUCCACUCGACUUUCUGAGUCUUUAUGCAUGGAGUUGGAAAACUUUAAUAAAUCAGCAGAAAAGGACAACAAUUUCCACUAUGGGACAGAAAAUCCUACAGAGAACACAGCAAGGGAAAUAUGUAUGAGCGACAUCAAAAGCUGGAAACCAAGCACUGAAAUAUCUCAGAGCACCGUCGUGAAGUCUGUUGAUGGUGUUCCUAGAGUGCAGGACCCUCUGGGCAGCUCAGUGAUGACUCCAGAUGAUACUUAACACUGAUCGAUAUCUGCAUGGUGAUGCAUCAGGAUAUGCUGCUCCAAGUAACUUUUUAGUAUGAAAGUAUGCUUCAUUAAAACUGAGCCACGCAACUAUGGACCAUUGUUGAUGGGGACAGAGGACGUAUUUGACUCCACAGUGUGAUACAUAUAUGGAACAUCUUGUUGUUGUGUUUUUUUUUUCAUUGCAUUGACAUUUUGUACGCAGCCCGAACAACCCCUAAGUUUAUUUUGUUUCUUUUUAUGACACUGGUUGAAUUAUUUAAAGCAUUGUUUUAUCUCACCGAUUAAUAUUGAGAGCCAAAAGUCCAGCCCCAUUUGCAGGUAAGCCUUUGUUCCGUUAGCUAAAGUCAGAUAUGAUUAGAGAUGUAUUUUGGCAUCUUCCUGAAAAGCUGAAACAUGAUAAUGGAGUUUACUGUUUAUAUUUUAAGCCAAAUGGGUAUCAAGUACUGUACUGACAGUAACGUUUUGGUAUCUAAUUUCAUCUGAUGACCAAAGAGAGAACUUGUGGCAAAAAAACAUUUUCUGAACUGAGAGAAGUGAAGCAGAUAUCGACUUGAAAAGGGAACAGCACUUCAGCUCUCUUUGGCUGUUUUAUGAACUGUUGAUUUUACAAAGCUGGAAGUGUUUGGCAACUGUUAAAUACUAUAAAUUUAUGUUUUCCUGUU